CACACACACACCACACACAGACACACUCACAACACACAUGCACUAGAGCAAUGCCGUAUGUACAGUGCGUUACCAUUGACGUGAUCGUGAUGAAGGGAUGAAUGAACACGCCCAGAGAGACCAGAGAGACCAGAGAUCCCAGAGAGACCAGAGACUACCCCAUGGCCGACCGAACGUCCCUCCAACCUCCUACCCCCCAGCCUUACCAGGACCCAUACCUUCAGCAUCACCUCCACCACCGCCCCGGCCUGGGCCACACAUCCUGCCACCACCCCUUGGAGCCCCAGACUCCCCUGGAGCAAUACAGGACCACUCUCCCUGAUUCAAGCCUCUAUUCUGGGGGGAGCAACGAGAGGUACAAGGGUGUGGGUGGUGGUGGUUAUGUAGACAUUCAUGGACAUAGCAGAGGUGAUAACUGUAGUGAUGUUGAUGGUAGAGAUGGUUGUUUUGGAGCGCAGAAAGCUAGCUACUGUAAUAGUGGGGUUUUGGACGACAGUGUAGGUCAAGGGGAACAUUUCGGCAACCAUUUUGAAGGUCAGAGCCUUGGCUAUGCUAGCCAAAGGGAUGACGGCUGCGAUGGGGAUGACAGCAGCGCCAGCGGUAGUGGUGGUGAUAUGUACCACAGAACGGAUGAGGGCUGUAACAGGGAUGACGUCUUUCACAGAACAGAUGAAAGCUGUAAGAGCAGUAGGGAUGAUGUCUUCUACAGUAACAGUAGAGAUGAUGGGUGUGAGGAGAAAACGGAUGAGGGGUCGAACACUAGGGAUGAGGCCUUUCACAGAACGGAUGAUAUCAGGAAUGACGUCUUUCCGGGAACGGAUGAGGGCUGUAACAGGGAUGACGUGUUCUACAGAACGGAUGAGGGCUGUAGUAACAGGGGUGAUGUGUUCUACAGAACGGAUGAGGGCUGUAACAGGGAUGAUGUGUUCUACAGUAGAGAGUAUGUGUGUGAGGAGAGGAGAGGAGAUAGUAGUGAUGGUUAUAGAGAUAGCGGUAGCCAUGAUGGUGGCAAUAAUACAACUGAUUAUCUCUAUAAUCGUACUGCUAGCUUUGGCUAUAGUGUGGAUAAUACAGGAAUGAAGAAUAGUUUGAGAAGGGUUGAUGAUUUUGGAGGAGACUGUGAUGAUUUCGGGGGUAGACGGUCGAACUUGGAUCCUCUAGAGGCCCAGUUAAAGCCUGGGUCUUGGGUGAGUCCUACUCCCCCAGAUCGUGGUGCUGUGGCUUGGGAGGGAAGGGAGAGGGGUGGGGGGUAUCCCCAGGACUGGGCCUUUCUAUACUCCCAUUCUCAGGCAGCAGGUGGUGCUGGUGGUAGGGUUUACCAGCAGAAACUGGACUCCUUCUCUGAGGCAUUCUCCUUCAGACGCAACGUUGCCGGCAGCAGAAUUCUGAAUGGGAAUUCCGGAAGUGGGAUUUUGGGAUUGGGAGGAGGAAGCACAGAACCGAUCAAAACAAGUGCUUACGAUUCGCACACAGACUCUUCCACUCUUCCUUCACCUCCUACUCCUCCUCCUCCUUCACCUCACCCCUUCCCCCAGGUCCUUAGCCCUCCUCCCACACCCCUCCCCCCUCAUUCCCUCUCCCCUCCUAAACUCACCCCACCACCCUCUGUCAGGACAGUUGGACUCACCCAGUCCUCAGGGGGGGGUUGUAGUGGAACAGUCCAGUUUUACCCCUCCUCUCUCCAGCCACUUCACUCCUCCCACCCCUCGGCCGUCGUGUGGAAGCUCCCGCUCUCUCAUUGGCUGCAGCAGUCAGGUGACGUGGGCGUCGUCGAGGGCAACCCCUCAAGCUCCGGCUACGUAUACUGCCAGGAGGCGGUGUUUCCUGGGAGAACGGGUAACCAGGACAACGGGUAUAAUACAGAUCACUAUAGUCUCCAAACUCUGGUAGAAUCCUCCUUUACCUCCACCCCAGCCCUUCACUCCUCCCUCCACCCCUCCUCUCUUCCAUCCCAGCCCCCCAGUGGACUCCCACAGAAUGGAACAGCACCCCUAGCGGUGUAUAAAGGUACUCCCUUCCAUAGUCUGCUCCAGUCUAGUAGAGGAGGAGGGCAGAAGGGGGUGGAGCGGUUAGGGAGAGGGCUCCACUACACCCCUCUACCUAUGCUGAACCCCAGACGCAGAGGAACGGGGAUCCUCUCCUCCCUCAUGCCCCCUUCAGUCAGGGAACGAGGGAUGGGAGGGUUGACUGAAGAGGAGGAGGGAUAUUCUAUAGCUCCGUGUAUCAACGUGGGUCCAGGGUUCCAGGCUGAGCUGCCAUGUUGUCUAGAGAGGGAGGAAGAGUCCAGGACAUGGACAGAGGAAUCAGCAUCCAAUGAGGAGUUGCUCUGGAAACCGUGGGAGGAGCUUGGGAAGAGUUCUGUCAUCCAGGACCAAGUGGCGGCAAUGUUGUCUGUAUGUAGUUCUAGCUGUCUACCAGGAGGGGGCAGCAACACAGAGCUGGCCCUACACUGUCUCUACCUCUGUAACGGAGAUACACUGGCCACACUGGAGAAGUUGCUCUUCUCUACUCCAUCAUCAGCAAGAGACUACCAUUAUGCUGGUAGUGAUGUGUGGAUGCAGACUGAGAGGUCUCUGUUCAGUAAAGCGUUGACAAGCCAUGGAAAAGACUUCCCUCUCAUCCAGCAGAUGGUGAAGACGAAGUGUGUGUCUCAGUGUGUUGAGUUCUACUAUCUUUCCAAGAGACUUCCUGACAAACAGAGAAAACAGAGGGAGCAGGAACAGAUGAGUGGGGUGUCCCUCCCUAAACCGAUGGAAGUAGUGGUUCCAGCCCCGUCAUUGGCUACCAGCUUCCCCUGUAAGCAGUGUGGAAAGAUGUUCUACAAGAUAAAGAGUCGUAACGCCCAUAUGAAGAUCCAUCGGCAGCAGCAGGACGACUGGAGACACCCAGGCCUCGGCCUCAACCCAGCCCAGAACCUCACCUCCAACCUGGGCACCAAUCUACCCCAUUGCCAGGCUUCAGGUCGGGCCUAUCUCCCAGGCCCCAUCAACAACAACAGCAUUCACCAUAUUGGUGGUGCUCACACCAUCAUCAGCGACAUCAGCGUUCCGAACACCAAUACCGUAACCAAUAGCAACAGUGUCACUGUCAAUGACUCCACCUCUAAUCAGAGGGGGACCCGCUCCCCCUCCUCUCUCUCCACCACUCGUGGGACUCGUUUCAGGUGA